UUUUUAAUCAUGUCGCAAAUCACUGCUACGGGUUUCGUGAUCGCGCCGAUUUUGAGAUUUGGCAAAGAUGAAUGGAUCCUGCCCACAAAAUCGUACGUUCCCUAUUCCGUUUCGGAAAUAUUUCCAUAUGCGGUGACGUAUCUACAACAAACUGCAGCGCUGUUUUAUGCAAUUAUGCUCAACGUUUCAUUCGACUCCCUUGUUUAUGGAUUCACAAUUCACGCUUGCGGGCAGAUCGAGCUGAUAUGUCGCCGAUUAACAGAUAAUAUAAAGGUCUCCAUAAAUUCCCGGAAGGAAUCAAAUGCAGCUGCAUCGAUUAAGGAAUGCGUCAGGCAUCACAUACUUGUGCACACUUUUGUGAAGAAAAUAGGAGCGCUAUUCCUGUGGACAGUCAUGAUCCUUUUCUUCUUCAGUAUGAUUAUUCUAUGCACCAGCAUUUUCUUGAUAUCAAAGAAAAAGCUCUUUAGCAUCCAGUUUCUUUCUAUGACAUUAUAUUUUAGCAGCAUAAUGCUGCAGAUAUUUUUUUAUUGCUGGUAUGGAAACGAGCUUGAGUUAAAGAGCAAAAAUAUCGCGAAUAGCAUUUAUUUUAGCAAUUGGACAUUGACCACGUCGCAUGAGCGUAGAUCUCUGAUACUCAUUAUGAUAAACAGUCAAAAAGGAUUGACUUUUUCCAAUAAGAGAAUAUUUACGUUAUCUCUGGACACUUUUACCUGGAUUUGUAAAACGUCUUACUCAGCUUUUAAUCUCCUGCAGCAAGCAUCGGAUUAA